CUUUCGUCCUUAAACAGAAUAGCUUUUAGCUACUUUCCUUUAAUUUUUUUGCCAUUCUCUUUCUAAUUUCUAUGUCGAAGUAAAUGCAAAAUCUGACAAAAUCAAACAAAGCCGUUCAUCGCUGCUUUUUUUUUUUUGGUUGCAGAGCUUCUAUCUUUUAGUCUCUCUGUCACUGCCAUCACUAAAUAAUUGUACGUACUUUUGUGUGCUCUUCAGUCAACUUUAAGCUCUCGAAUUCAUUCACGCAUAAAGGAAAUAAAGAAAAGGUGGAAAUGCUAGAGACUGUGAAGUACCUGAUCGGCUCAACAGGGGCCAGCGGCUUCGGUUCUAAGUCGACCGCCGAGCAAGUCACCGAGACAUGCCCUGAUCUCCGCUUUGUCACCGCUAUCAUCACAGGUGCCACGUCGGGGAUCGGAGCCGAGACGGCUAGAGUGUUGGCGAAGCGAGGGGCGAGGUUGGUGCUUCCAGCUCGGAACCUUAAAGCUGCUGAGGAAGGGAAGGCUAGGAUUGUGUCGGAGUUUCCUGACGCGAAGAUCGUUGUCAUGGCUCUUGAUCUUAGCUCUCUCAGUUCUGUUCGAAAAUUUGUAUCGGAGUUCCAGUCACUAAGCUUGCCUCUCAAUCUCCUCAUAAACAACGCCGGCAAGUUUGCGCAUGAACAUGGAAUCUCCGAGGACGGAAUCGAAAUGACAUUUGCCACUAAUUAUCUAGGUCAUUUUUUGUUGACGAAGUUGUUGCUAAACAAGAUGAUCAAAACGGCAAAAGAAUCUGGCGUCCAAGGACGAAUCGUGAACGUGUCGUCAAGUAUUCACGGCUGGCUUUCUGGCGAUGUGAUCCGACAUCUCGGCCAGAUAUCGAGAAGCAAAAGUCCUUACGACGCGACACGUGCUUAUGCUCUCUCAAAGCUCGCCAACGUUUUGCAUACCAAGGAGCUUGCUCAGAGACUGAAGCAAGUGGAUGCCAACGUGACUGUGAACUGUGUUCAUCCAGGGAUCGUUAGAACCCGUCUCACCAGGGAACGUGAAGGCUUGAUCACAGAUCUGGUUUUCUUUUUAGCUUCCAAGCUCCUGAAGACAAUCCCUCAGGCAGCUGCUACGACUUGUUUCGUUGCAACACAUCCAAGACUAGUAAAUGUAAGCGGGAAAUACUUUGCAGACUGCAACGAAGCAAGGACGUCGAAACUGGGUUCCAACUCGAACGAAGCUGCAAGGCUAUGGACUGCCUCUGAAAUCAUGGUUUCCAUAGACCCUAAAGCAGUUUUUGAUCCGCGUAAUGGCUUUGACUAUGAUCAUAUGUAGGAAAUUGAAGAGCAAAAGAUUAGAAACAGACACAGAAAAAGAAAGUUAAUCUUAGUCGGGAAGAUCAGGAAAGAUGAUAGCAAUAUAAUAGGUAUACAUCAGUUACUGAUAAGUAUAUAUACAAGGUUUAUGUACGUAAAACUUUACUAGUAUAUGUUGGUUUCUAAUUAGUACAUGGUAGGAAGUUUAGAUAUAGACGCAUUUUGUACUAAAAACAGUUAUAUAUUAAUGCUUCUGUCUGUUAUUAAUUGCCAUUACUAAUA